AGUCAGGCGCUCUCGGCAGCGUUUCGGUUUCACUUCCGGUGAGGGGCCGCGCCUGAGAGGGCGGGCAGUGAAGCCAACGGACGGCGAGCGCGGGCGGUGGCAGUGACGGCGGCGCCGCUGCCGGGGGGCGUGCGGUAACGCGGCGGCGGCGAAGGCGGCUGGGCCUCGAGCGCCUGCAGCCCACCUCUCGGAGGCGGGCUCCUGGCGCGAGGACGGACGAGAAGAUGGAGGAGCUGGUAGUGGAAGUGCGGGGCUCCAAUGGCGCUUUCUACAAGGCAUUUGUAAAAGAUGUCCAUGAAGAUUCUAUAACAGUUGCUUUUGAAAACAACUGGCAACCAGAGAGACAGAUUCCAUUCCAUGAUGUGAGAUUCCCACCACCUGUAGGUUAUAAUAAAGAUAUAAACGAAAGUGAUGAAGUUGAGGUUUAUUCCAGAGCAAAUGAAAAAGAGCCUUGCUGUUGGUGGUUAGCUAAAGUGAGGAUGAUAAAGGGUGAGUUUUAUGUGAUAGAAUAUGCAGCAUGUGAUGCUACAUACAAUGAAAUUGUUACAAUUGAGCGUCUACGGUCUGUUAAUCCAAACAAACCUGCUACAAAAGAUACUUUCCAUAAGAUCAAACUGGAGGUGCCAGAAGAUUUACGACAAAUGUGUGCCAAAGAAUCAGCACAUAAAGAUUUUAAAAAGGCAGUUGGUGCCUUCUCUGUAACUUAUGAUCCAGAAAAUUAUCAGCUGGUCAUUUUGUCCAUCAACGAAGUCACCUCAAAGCGAGCACACAUGUUGAUUGACAUGCACUUUCGAAGUCUGCGCACUAAGUUGUCUCUUAUACUGAGAAAUGAAGAAGCCAGUAAACAACUGGAGAGUUCAAGGCAGCUUGCCUCAAGAUUUCAUGAACAGUUUAUCGUACGAGAAGAUCUGAUGGGUCUAGCAAUUGGUACUCAUGGUGCUAAUAUUCAGCAAGCUAGAAAAGUACCUGGGGUUACUGCUAUUGAUUUAGAUGAGGAUACCUGCACAUUUCAUAUUUAUGGAGAGGAUCAGGAUGCAGUGAAAAAGGCUAGAAGCUUUCUGGAAUUUGCUGAAGAUGUCAUACAAGUUCCACGUAACUUAGUAGGCAAAGUAAUAGGAAAAAAUGGAAAACUGAUUCAAGAGAUCGUGGACAAGUCAGGAGUUGUGAGGGUGAGGAUUGAGGCUGAAAGUGAGAAAAAUGUGCCACAAGAAGAGGAAAUUAUGCCACCAAAUUCCCUACCUUCCAGUAAUUCAAGGGUUGGACCUAAUUCCUCUGAAGAAAAGAAACAUUUAGAUACAAAGGAAAACAGCACCCAUUUCUCUCAGCCUAACAGUACAAAAGUUCAGAGGGUGUUAGUGGUUUCAUCAAUUGUAGCAGGGGAACCCCAGAAACCUGAACCCAAGGCUUGGCAGGGUAUGGUUCCAUUUGUUUUUGUGGGAACAAAAGACAGCAUCGCUAAUGCCACUGUUCUUUUGGAUUAUCACCUGAACUAUUUAAAGGAAGUAGACCAGUUGCGUUUGGAGAGAUUACAAAUUGAUGAGCAGUUGCGACAAAUUGGAGCUAGUUCUAGACCACCACCAAAUCGUACAGAUAAGGAAAAAGGCUAUGUGACUGAUGAUGGUCAAGGAAUGGGUCGAGGUAGUAGACCUUACAGAAAUAGGGGGCACGGCAGACGCGGUCCUGGAUAUACUUCAGGGAACUCUUUAAGAUGGAAAACCUUCGAGAUCCACAGGACUGACGCUAUAAUGAUGAAGCUAAAAUUGGUCUUUAGCUCCAACAGAGGAAGAGAGAGAGGUAGAACAGGAACUAAUUCUGAAGCAUCAAAUGCUUCUGAAACAGAAUCUGACCACAGAGACGAACUCAGUGAUUGGUCAUUAGCUCCAACAGAGGAAGAGAGGGAGAGCUUCCUGCGCAGAGGAGACGGACGGAGGCGUGGAGGAGGAGGAAGAGGACAAGGAGGAAGAGGAAGAGGAGGAGGCUUCAAAGGAAAUGAGGACCAUUCCCGAACAGAUAAUCGUCCACGUAAUCCCAGAGAGGCUAAAGGAAGAACAGCUGAUGGAUCCCUGCAGGUAAAAAAUACCUCCAGUGAAGGUAACCGGCUGCGCACGGGUAAAGAUCGUAACCAGAAGAAGGAAAAGCCAGACAGCGUGGAUGGGCAGCAACCACUCGUGAAUGGAGUACCCUAAACUGCAUAAUUCUGAAGUUAUAUUUCCUCUACCAUUUCCGUAAUUCUUACUCCAUUUUAGAAAACUUUGUUAGGCCAAAGACAAAUAGUAGGCAAGAUGGCACAGGGCAUGAAAUGAACAAAAAUUCUGCAAAGAAUUUUUUUGAUAUUGGCCAUAAACAACAAUCUUCUAGAUUUGCACAAAAAGAUCUUGAAAUUUGAAGCAUAACUUUUAAGUACACUUAACACUUCAGGGCAGGAUUUACUUUUAUUUUUUAAAAAUACUAAGCAGUGAUCUUUAUUAACUAGGACCAUUUUUUCUGCAUUGGGCUAUAUAACUCAGCAGUACGUUUCAGUCUUUCUGAGUAAAUCACAUUUGUGGUAAUAAUACUAGAUCUCUGUCUUCAGUCUCAUAUAAAGUCUCCAUGAAAUGCUGUGCCAUUUCAUGUCCUGUGUCAGUUUAUGUUUUGGUCCACUUUUCCAGUAUUUUAGUGGACCCUGAAAUGUGUGUGAUGUGACAUUUGUCAUUUUCAUUAGCAAAAAAAAAAAAGUUGUAUGAUCUGUGCCUUUUUUAUAUCUUGGCAGGUAGGAAUAUUAUAUUUGGAUGCAGAGUUCAGGGAAGAUAAGUUGGAAACACUAAAUGUUAAAGAUGUAGCAAACCCUGUCAAACAUUAGUACUUUAUAGAAGAAUGCAUGCUUUCCAUAUUUUUUUCCUUACAUAAACAUCAGCUUAGGCAGUAUAAAGAAUAGGACUUGUUUUUUGUUUUUAUUUUAUUGCACUGAAGUAUGACAAAUAGUGUUAUUGGAAGGGAUGUGUAAUUUUUCUGUAUAGACAGGAGAAGAAAUUACUAUCUUUUCAUUUGGGAGAGGCUAAAAAUGUUUUCAGCUACUUGCAAAUCUUCCUGGUCGAAAGUUAGUAGGAUAUGCCUGCUCUUUGGCCUGAUGAUAAAUUUCAACUUAAGAGACUUUUUUUUUUUUUGUCCUCCCCAAAUUUUGUCAAGUUUUUCAUUCAUAUUUUAUGUUGAAGCUUAUUUUGGGGAGCUAUGAAGGUCAUUUUCAUGAAUACAUAAUAACCCUCAGAAGUACAGGUACUUUGAGAAACAUUGGAAGCAGGUUAAAUGCUUUGUAACUUUGAAAUACGAAGUCUAAUGUAUAAGCAGAACUGAAAAGCAGAUCUAGGAUUGGUUAACAAAUAAUACUUUUUCUUUGAUUUUUGAUUUUGUUUUUGGUUUUUCUUUUGUUUUGGUUUUGGUUUUUUUAAUGUGUUGAGUCUUAUUUUUGAGGUUUUUCUCUUUUUUAAUGAAUAAAAUUUACUGAAGAAAAAUAUGUGAAGAACCUUCACUCUGAGAUGUUAUAUUUUUCUUAAAAAAUAACUCCGAGUAGGGGUACCACUGAAUCUGUACAGAGCCGUACAAACCGAAGUUCUGCCUCUGAUGUACUUUGUGAAUUUUUCUUUGAAUUUUCAUUUUCCAUUUUCUUUUCCUUGCAUACAAAUAAGCAUAUAAAAUGGCAACAAACUGCACAUGAUUUCACAACUAUUAAAAAGUCUUUUAAAAAGUAUUGCCAAACA